AUGGGAAACUCAGCCAGCGUCGCCGGACGUGCAUGCUUCGUGGCCGCUGUGGGAAGCGACCCCAAUCUCAUCACAUUUCGAGGAGACUUGCUAUACGAGUUCCGAAUCGAGCCAUCUUACAACCUGGCCAUUCCAGUCCAUCCCACCGUGGUCACUUACCCCAAGACUACCGCCCAGGUAGCCGAGAUCGUGAGUUGUGCUGCUGCGCAGAACUACAAGGUGCAGGCCUACAGUGGAGGUCACAGCUAUGGGAACUACGGUCUCGGCGGAGCAGAUGGUCAUGUCGUCGUGGAUCUGAAGAACUUCCAAAUUUUCGCUAUGGACCCCGAUACUCACGUUGCCACGAUUGGAGCCGGUACAAACCUUGGUGAUCUUCAGGAUCGUCUUCUGCAUGCUGGUGGUCGGGCUAUGUCACAUGGGUCUUGCCCACAAGUCGGUGUCGGUGGUCACUUUUCCAUUGGCGGUCUUGGUCUCAUGUCUCGACAGUGGGGAAUGUCGCUAGAUCAUGUCAUGGAGGCUGACGUCGUGUUGGCCAAUUCCAGUGUGGUGACUGCAUCGGACACACAAAACCAAGACAUUUUCUGGGCUAUCAAAGGUGCGGCUGCUAGCUUUGGUAUCAUUACGGAGUUUAAAGUUCGCACUCAUGAAAUCCCCAAGGCUGCGGUUCAAUACCAGUAUACCUUCAGUCAGGGAGAUGUGCUCGACAAGGUUAAGCUGUUUAUGGCCUGGCAGGAUAUUGUGGCGAAGCCGAACCUCACUCGGAACUUUUCCACCGAACUCACGGUCUUUCAAGAUGGUAUCAUUAUCAUGGGCACCUUCUUUGGGACCAGGGAUGAAUUCCGAGAGUUCGAGCUGGAAAACGAUCUGCCUCUUCAAAGCAUGGGAAACGUGGCAUAUAUCACCAACUGGCUAUCUUUACUGGCUCACACGGCUGAGGAUUACUUUCUCCGUCUCACUGGCAGCGUACUCACCUCUUUCUACGCCAAGUCAUUAUCCUUCACGGCUGACGAGCUGUUCACCGAGCAUGACCUGGUUGCCUUAUUCACAUACCUGGAUACUGCACCAAAGGGUACUCCCACUUGGUGGGUGAUCUUUGACCUGGAAGGCGGAGCAACCAACGAUGUCCCCAUGAAUGCAACCUCAUACGGUCAUCGCGAUGCUAUCAUGUGGAUGCAGUCAUAUGCAGUCGCCGGCUUUGAGCCCCCGGGCUUUAUCGUGAAACGGUUCCUCAAUCGCUUGCAUGAAGUUGUCAUUGGGAACCGCCCACCAGGCCCUGUGCGUUCUUACCCUGGAUAUGUUGAUCCUUACCUCAAACACGCUCAGGAGGCCUAUUGGGGACCCAAUCUCGGUCGACUCCAGAAUAUUAAGACUGCCGUCGACCCGAAAGAUGUCUUCCAUAACCCACAGAGUGUGGAAGUUAAUCCUCCUACCCCUGGGUCUCGUGAGGUUUAG